AUGGUCUGUAAGGGACCCGCAGGCAGCAAGCCAGGCCCAGCCUGGAGACAGAGCGGCAGGUGUCCACUCUUCCUUAGUGGAGAGGGGAGGGUCCCCGACUGGAGGGGACUCAGUCGGGGGCUGUUUGGAAGGAGACCCGGGGCCGCCAAACCAAGCGAGAGUCGAGGAGGGCCCUCCGUCGGGAAGCGAAUCCUGUUCCCCACCCCGAGUCAGAGGGCGCGGCACGCGCGGGCCCGGCCCCAGCCGCCCCGGGCCGAACGUUCCGGCUGCGGCGGCAGCGGCAGCGGCAAAAGGAGAAGGAAGGCGCGGCGAGGGCACUGUUACUCCGGAACCAAAACGCACGGCACCGGAACCCCGGGAGCCGGAGAGAGGGACCCGCCUCCCGCGGCGCCAUGUUGGAUGAGGGCAGCUCCCGGCCAGCCCCUCCAGCGCGCCCCGGCGGGCGGGACCCGAGGAGCUAGCGCGAGGGGCGGGGACGAGCACGAGGGCCGGGCUAGGCUGGCCUGUCGGGAGGUCUCCGUCGGCCCGUGGUCGCCCGCGGCGACCGAGUGACGCUCCUUUCUUUUCCACUCGCGACCCUCGUUAAAGGCAGCCGGGUGAAACCAUCUAGCAAACGAAGGAGGAAACUAAACUGGGCUUUUGGCGGACUCCAGCCCAACUGUCGUCUUAAAAUUGCGUACUGUUUGCGGAAGCCCCAGAAAGACGAAACUCCACCUCGCCUUUAUACCUACUUUGUCAAGCCCUUUACCUUGACGGGGUUUGUGCACCAAAUCAAGAGUUACGACCAUGGACUCCAUAGACAGAUUGCAAGGACUGGAGGAACACUCACUAUGUGUGACCUUGGGUAAGACUUCGUGAUUUCUACAGCUAAAAAAUAGGCAUAAAAACAGUGCCAAACUCACUGGGCCGUUAAGAGAGGAUUAAGUGAGUUAGUAUGUAUAGAGUGCUUAGUCUAGGACUUGGCACAAAUAAAUACUAUGUAAGUAUUAGUUAAACUCCUCCUUCUGUACAUGAAGACACUAAGAUUUAGAAAGCUCUAAUUUUUCUCGGUCAUUUAACUGGUAUUGGUACAAGAACUUAAACCAUAUAUUUUAUCUUUAAAACAAGUUUCUUUGUAUUACACAUAUAGUAGAACAGCAAUAAAAAACAAACUAAAUAGCAUGAUUUGGAAUCAGCGAUAGGCAUGCAUGCAAGAAUGAUAAUAAAAUUUCAGGGUUAAAGGAAACUGACAAAAUCACCAAUGUAGUCCUCUGCGCAAUUCAAGAAUUCUCUCCAUGUCUACCUAAGGAAUGGUCAUGCAGCCUCUCUGAACAUAUCCAACAACAGACUCACUGCCUCAAGAGGGAACCUAUUCCAUGUUUGGCCAACUCAAUUAAAACAUUCUUGUCUUCUAGUUACUAACAUAUUAUUUCUAGUUCUGUUUAAAGUGGGUAAGUCUAACUGAUCCUAGUACUUUCUGCUUAAUGUUUUUACUUCAUUUACUUCUACAUGUCAUUCUGUUUGACUUUAAAAUAGCAACAUUUCUUGAGGCGGCUGGA